UCGCUUCUUUGCAGAAAAGAGGGGAGGGGCUAGUAGACCACGUGACCAGCUCAGACCCACGUGGUAUUGAUAGAGAGAGAAGAUGGAACUCAGAAGACUGUGCCGCCCUGUUCUCAGGUCCUGUUGGGGCUGGAUAUCGUGUGACAUACGGUCUCUUCAGCGACCAUUAUCUACUUCUUUCGGUACAUCCACACCACUCGCUGGGGCAGUUGAUUCUUUACCAAUACCCAACUGUACACCGGUGUUGCCAAGGCAACGUGGAGUGUUUGUGGAGGACAAGAGGAACAGUUUUGAAGAGUCUCAAGAGCCGCAACAGUUCCUGAGUAGAGAUGGACAAACAAUAGUGUGUGUGCACCCCACGCGCCCCACCUCCCUUCUGGAAUCAAAGCCACUACGAUCAAGAAUAAAGCAGGUGAACAAAGAUCGCCGGACAUCUCUUGAACCGGAAGAGGAGGUGGUGGCUCGUAGGCUGCGGGCAAUGGACGGUGCUCUGUGGUCUGUUAACACUCUGGCCAGGCAUUUCAACGUCUCUUGCAAGCUCAUCAGUCAAGUGGCUCCGGCUAGUUUACAGAGACAGAGACAACUGGACCCUGGAGAAGACUAAAAUGGCCGCCAUGAGACCGUAUCAAAAGAAGCUGUACAAGCAACAGCUGCAAACGGAGCGUCAGAAAAAGUUAGAGGGACUGAUCUCAAAGAAUAAGGAGAUAUUAUCUAGUGACUGAGGUUCAAUUAACUUCAUUAUCAUCUGUUUAAUUAUCAACGUGUAAUAAUUAUGUGUGUGUGUGUGUGUUAAUUGUUCUAUUAUUAUUAUCGUAUAAUAUAUAGUCAACAUGAAUGAAAAUUA